AAUGAGUUUUUAUAUAUUUCUAAAAAAAAUAGACUCCUAUGUUUUUUUUCUCAAUAAAACGACAAAAAAACAACAAAAGAAACAAGAACCCAAAAAACGCGUCACAUCUCUACCCGGUGCCAUUUAUAGGAAUAGAGUUUAAGCUUAACACAGUUGAACUUUAAACGUGUAUUACACUUAACUAAGUCUUAGUAACUCUUGCCGAAUUGUUUCAACAUUUCCUGUACAGCCAAUCUGAACUUUCACACACAGUGACAAUUUUAAAAACAGAAACUUAACUUAACCUUAACACCGAUAUUACUUACGCGGAACACUAAUAACGUUUUAGUAUAACCGUUUUUUUUGUUUCUAACAACUCAGCAUAAAUCGGUUUGUUAUUUAAGCUAUUUUAUUCUUUUCUCGUUUGAUUUGUUUUAUUGUUGCGCUUUUGGUUGAAAAGUUCAUAUUGAGAUAAAAAAAUUAAAAUAUAUUGUGUUUCUAAAACCCAGUGAUGGAUAAUGUUUGUAGAUCAUUAUGGACUUUUGAACAACUCUACAAUGCGUUUCAAAAAAUUAAUAACUUUUGUAACUUACAGUCUGUAUGCUAGUUUUUGCUCUUAUAAAAUGAAGAGUCUUAGGAGUAAAACUAGACAAUCGUUGCAGCAGCAUGCUGACCAUCAAAACAAAAAUUACAUGCAGAAGUUUUUACCUGAUGAACUUGUAUUAAAAGUUUGCAGUUUCAUAAGACCAAAAGAUCUAGCUAAUUUAUCAUGUACCUGUAAAAGACUUAGAACUUUAUGUGAUGAUUUGAUUCUAUGGAAACGACUUUAUUACAAUUGUUAUAGACUGGAAGCUCCAAUACAAAAAUGCCCAUCAACAAAGCUCUAUCAAGUUUUUAAUUUAAUUAGUGGACCAGGAAAACCGGAACUGUCAUGGAAAAAAUUAUUCCCUUUUUUAAUCAAGGCUAAUCAUAUAACAAAAGAUCUAAUGCUAAUUAAGUCUUUAGAAAAUUUAGGAAGAAAGUGUUUUUCUUCAAUUCAAGAAGGAAUAGAUAAUUCAACUAGUGGUAUUUUGUUAAUACAUCCAGAUACAUAUAUGGAGAGUUUAAAAAUUAAUUCACCAGUAACGCUAAUAGGAGCAGGUUCUCCUGGUGGCCCAAAUGAAGUUCAUAUUUGUAAUUCUGCACAAACUGUUUUGAAGCUUGGCCCAGGUGCUGGUAAAAGUCAUAUAGCAUUUUUAAGGUUGUCAAUUCAAAGGCAAGAAAAUGUUGCACCUACACGCCAUCAUUGUAUUGAAAUUUGCAAUGAUAACUCACCAAUUAUACAAGAUUGUUUUAUAACUUCACAAAGCACAUGUGCUGCCGCUGUUCAUGUGCAUGGUUCUGGUUGCUCACCACGAAUUGUUCGUUGUAAAAUAUCGGAUUGCGAUAAUGUUGGUCUGUUUAUUAGUGAAGGUGCACAAGGAGUUUACGAAGAUAAUGACAUUUUUUCUAAUCGACUUGCAGGAGUUUGGGUCAAAUCUGGUGCCAAUCCAAUAAUGCGUAGAAAUGAAGUACACCAUGGAAAAGAUGCUGGUUUUUUUAUCUUUGAUGGUGGUAUGGGUUAUUAUGAAGAAAAUGAUGUUCAUAGUAAUCGAAUUGCUGGAAUUGAAGUUCGUUCAGGAGCUAAUCCAACAGUUGUGAGAUGUCAUAUACAUCAUGGUUUCACUGGUGGGAUAUAUGUUCAUGAUGAUGGGCGUGGAGAGUUUCUUGCUAAUAGAAUUCAUACAAACACUUUUGCUGGAGUGUGGGUGACAUCUGGGAGUAAUCCUACCAUUAAAGAUAACGAAAUUUAUCAUGGACAGCAAGGUGGAAUUUACGUGUUUGGUGAUGGACGAGGUUUAAUUGAAAACAAUGAUAUCCAUGGUAAUGCUCUAGCUGGCAUACAAAUUAGAUCAAAUAGUAACCCAAUUGUAAGAAAGAAUCGCAUUCAUCACGGGUUGCAUGGUGGUAUAUACAUUCAUGAAGGAGGGAUGGGUUUAAUAGAAGAAAAUGAAAUUUAUGCUAACACUUUAGCAGGAAUUUGGAUUACAACAGGAAGUGCUCCUAUUCUACGGCAUAACAGAAUACACAGCGGCAAACAGGUUGGUGUGUAUUUUUAUGACAAAGGAUGUGGAACACUUGAAGAUAAUGAAAUAUACAACCACAAGUAUUCUGGAAUACAAAUAAGGAGUGGUAGUAAUCCAGUUAUUCGUCAGAAUAAAAUAUGGGGAGGAAAGAAUGGGGGUGUUUUAAUAUACAAUGGUGGACAGGGUAUUUUAGAAGACAAUGAAAUAUUUGAUAAUGCUAUGGCUGGUGUUUGGAUUAAAACAGAAAGCAAUCCUAUAUUAAGGCGUAAUAAGAUUCAUGAUGGCCAUGAAGGAGGAGUUUGCAUUUUCAAUAAUGGCAAAGGGCUGCUGGAAGAAAAUGAUAUAUUUCGUAAUUCACUGACCGGAGUUUUAAUUAGUACAUCAAGCUUUCCAGUUUUGAGAAGAAAUCGUAUAUUUGAUGGAGGAGCUGCAGGAAUUGAAAUUACAAAUGGUGCUGGUGGUGUAUUACAGCGUAAUGAAAUUUUUAACAAUCGAUUUGACGGUAUAUGCCUUGCAACUGGUGUAAAGCCAAAAAUGUUAGAAAAUAAUUGUCACGACAAUAAAAUGGCACUUGCUGAGGCAAUUUCUGCUGGCAAAUGUUUAUAUCAAGUAUCUGGUAGUAGUUGCUAUCCGAUGCACGACUUUUUUAGAUGUUUAACAUGUUCGUCUACUGAGAAUUUAGCAAUUUGUGUCAAUUGUAUAGAAAUAUGUCACAGUGGACACGAUGUUGAAUUUGUUCGACAUGACAGGUUUUUUUGUGAUUGCGGGGCUGGAACAACUCCACAUACUUGUAAAAUCGCUUUAUCGUCCACCACCAUCGUAGCAUUAAAAUCAAGUACUCAAGCUAAAAAAACUAAAUCACCUAGGGCAGGUCGCUCCCCUAGUGCUAAAAAAAGACGUGUUGCAACUGUUCGUUGCAGUCGUUCGAGCACAAGAAACCAAAAUCGAAAUCAAAGCGGAGUAGACAAUCUUGAUUCAAUGAGUUCCGAAAUUUAUUCAAUAGGUUUAUGAUUGUUCUUUUCUUUAUAAAUUAAAUUAAAAGCAAUUUUCAUAAAUAUAGAACUUCUAAAAUUUAAUGUAUAUUACCAUGGUUAUGCAAUGUUUGUUCAUAAAACGGACUUAAAAAUUGCCAAAAAUAUUGUAGUUUACAUGCUAUAUUUAUAAAAUAUGCUUUUAUUUUAAUAAUAUAUUAUUUUGGAUUUGCGGGUUUCUUUUCAAAGACGGCUUUGCUUCUCAAAAAUGAAAUUAUUUUUGUGCUUCUGUAAAAUUUCUCAAAUUAUAAAAGCUUAAUUACUAGGAAACGGUGUCAAAUUACAUAACGUAAGUUUUUUGAAAAAUGACCCAUCAAUGAACAUACGCAAAAAAAAAAAAAGAAAAAAAAAAGAGAGAAUGAAAAAUCCCAACCGUAAAGAAAUAUUUGAGUCUCAGGUUAAAUGAUGAAAGUGCAAUUGAUAUUUUGGUUGCGUUUUUCAUUCUUUAGAAUGUUUCUUUUUGUAAAUUUUGGGCAAUGUCUUAAUUUUUUCGCGAUCUUUUCAAAUUUACUUUAACGAUUAUGUUUAUGAUUUUAACUACAAAAAUUCUAUGUAAAUGUUUACGCUUAUUGUACAUUAUGUGGAUUUUUAUUUAUUGGCAUUUGUACAUAUUUUAUGGCCUAAAAACACGAACAAUUUUUUUACACGAAAAAUAAAAUAUUUAUUAUAAA